GGGUCAGAGGGGAAAGGUCGUUCUGGGCUGGCAUGGUCUGCCUGCCUCCCGCCGCGGUAUGUUAAAUAUAAGACACAUGCUAAGGAUAUACUUAAAACAGACAUAAUGUAAUCCAUAAACUGCUUCCCACAAACUGAGGAUAGCAGGACACUAAAUUCUCACCAGAACAUAGCCCCAGAUCACAGCAGUGGAACCACCACCCCCAUCUUCCUUGUGAAAUUUUAAAUAGUAUUGAAACUCAUAAAUGAUUAGUGACGCCAUAGAAACCACACAAUGUCAACAAAAGGAUCCAGUAGAUUUGUUUCAUUCCCGGCACUUUGUAAAAAUAUGUGCCCCUAUGGUCCGAUAUUCAAAGUUGGCUUUCAGAACUUUGGUCAGGAAAUACAACUGUGAUUUGUGUUAUACACCAAUGAUAAUUGCUGCUGAUUUUGUCAGAUCUGUGAAAGCUAGAGACAGUGAAUUCACAACAAGCAAAGGUGAUCGCCCACUGAUUGUUCAGUUUGCUGCUAAUGAAGCACAGGUUUUAUCUGAUGCUGCCCGUAUCAUCUGUCCUUUUGCAGAUGGAAUAGACCUAAAUUGUGGCUGUCCUCAGAGAUGGGCAAUGGCGGAAGGUUAUGGUGCUUGUUUAAUAAAUAAACCAGAGCUGGUUCAAGAUAUGGUGAGACAUGUACGAAAUCAAGUCGAGAACCCCAGAUUUUCAGUAUCUAUUAAGAUAAGAAUCCAUGAUGAUCUAAAGAGAACUGUAGAUCUCUGUCGAAAAGCUGAAGCAGCUGGAGUUUCCUGGAUUACAGUUCAUGGUAGAAAUAUAGAAGAACGACAUCAGCCAGUACAUUAUGAUGCAAUUAAAAUAAUUAAACAAAAUACGUCUAUACCUAUUGUAGCUAAUGGAGACGUUAAAACUUUAAAAGAUGCAGAGAAUAUUCAUCAUAUGACGGGGACAGAUGGUGUAAUGGUUGCUAGGGGACUCUUAGCCAAUCCAGCCAUGUUUGCAGGAUAUGAAGAGACACCUUUGAAGUGCAUCCAGGACUGGGUUGACAUUGCUCUUGAACAUGGGACUCCUUUUACGUGCUUUCAUCAUCAUUUAAUGUACAUGAUGGAACGGAUAACUUCAAAACAGGAAAAAAAGGUUUUUAAUGUUUUAUCAAGCACCUCAGCGGUUCUGGACUACCUUAAUGACCACUAUGGGGUGUAACAGCUUUUAAAGUAUUUUAAUCAUGUGAAUAUUGCAUUUUAUAUUUUAGAGCUGCGGGUACAUUGUUAUAGUGAUAGGUUUCCCCAUGCUUAUAUUUAUUAGUCAAAAUCACAGUGCAUGAAAGAUCUCAUGCAGUGUAACAUUACUGGACAUUUCUGAAGUGAUCAUUUUAUAUUAACAUUAUUUUCCACUCAGGAAAUAUUCAUGACUUGAAAAUAGCUUUUUUAUAUAUGGCAAUGCAUUACCAUACAUAAUAUUGUGAUGCUGUAAGCAAAGUGUCUUAUUAGAAAAUAAAUUAUAUAUGCAGUACCAAAGUGCUUUCAAAGAUCAUCCCCAAUGCUGCUACCCUUACUCACGUGACUAGAAGAGCCACAGGAACAGGCUCAAAGUGUAUUAAACAGAAUUACAUAGAAUUGUUCACUUAAUUGAGAAAAGCUCAAUUGAGACGCCCAGAAAGUAUUUAUCUAAAGUGAAAAUUCAGUAUUUAUAUUUGGUUUUAAUUAUAUGGGCCCCUAAAUCACAGAAGAGAAAGGCUUCACACAGCUGCCCCUCUUUAGGUUUCCCAUUUGCUGCUCUGAAGCCUGAAAUCCCUUAAACUGGCAUUGAACUCAGUAGAGUUCCAGAUUUUCUUAGCCAAGUGGAAGAAAAUUAAGAAAUUUUAGUUUCCACUCCUUAAUUGAUUUUCAAAUGGAAGAUAUGUCUCUUUAAUGUUAAGGAAUACUAUAAAUCCAGAAUGAAAUUGUUUUGGUAACUCAGCUCUCGCGUCAGACCUUGAAUCAGUACUUGAAAUUAAGCAUGUGCUUGUACUGUCCCCUUCACUUCAAAAUAGGGCUAUGUCUAUGCUUCAGGUUAAACACAUGUUUAAGUAACUUGCAGACUUAGGGCACAGAUCUUAAAAAGAUUUGUUCAGCAUGCACUAUGUACAGUAUAUGUUCCUAAAAUCAAGUGGGUGAGGUGAUAUCUUUCAUUGGACCAACUUCUGUUAGUGAGAGGUAAGAGUUUGAGCUUACACAGAGCUCUUCUUCAAGACUGGGAAAGGUACUCAGGCCAGCUCUACACUUCAGACCUAUCUCAAUACAACUACGUUGCUCAGGUGUGAAAAAUCCAAUUCCCUAACCCACUGUGUAGACUACGCUAUGUCAAUGGGAGAGCUUCUCCCAUUGAUAUAAUCCACCUUCCUGAGAGCUGGUAACUAACUACAGAGCUCUCCCAUUGGCUUAGGAGUGUCUUCACCAAGACCAACUCCUCAGAGUGUUACAGCUAACUAGAAGGUGGAAGAGGUAAGGGCUUAACACAUCUUUCAAGAGACCAUUCACGGUGAAGUGGGUAGUAUCACAUCUACAGUCAUAGGAUAAAGGAGGCAUUAGUAGGUUGUAGAUUUUUAUAAUGAGCCAUAGAUCCAGUGUCUUUAAGUCCAUGAUUUUUGGUGUCUAGCAGUUAUGAAUUUGGAGUUCCCAAGCUUGUCUUUUGAAAGUGUUGUGCAGGUUUCCUUGGAGGAUGAGGAUAGAGAGGUCAGUUAUGAAGUGAUUAUUUUGUGGAAAGCGUUCACCCACCCCAGACAUCACCAAACUCAACCAUUUAAUCCUCACCCAUAACAAUCUUACAUUUACCAACAAAUAAUUUAUCCAAAUCAGGGGGAACAGCCAUGAGUACUGGGAUGGCUCUCCAGUACAUCAAUCUUUUCAUUCUUCUUAAGGAAGAAUUUCUGGACAAAUGCACCACAAAACCAAGGAUACUGAUAUUUUCAUUUGCUGGACAGAUGACCAGAAGAACUCUGUGUAAGUUCAAAAGCUUGUCUCUCUCACCAACAGAAGUUGGUCCAAUAUAUUAUUUCAUCCACCUCAUUUCUCUAAGAUCAUGGGACCAACAAGGCUACAACACUGCUAACAGUAGAUGUUCCUGUACAGCAGGGGUGGCUAACCUGUGGCUCCAGAGUCUCAUGCGGCUCUUCAGAGGUUAAUCUGCGGCUCCUUGCAUAGACACCGACUCCAGGGCUGGAGCUACAGGUGCCAACUUUCCAAUGCUCACUGUUCAACCCCUGCCUCUGGCACAGGCCCUGCCCCCACUUCACCCCUUCCCCCAAGGCCCUGUCCCUUCCCCAAGCUCUUGCUCUUCUCCUCACCCCCCAGAGCCUCCUGCAUCAGGCACAGGGAAGGAGGAGAGGUGCUGAUCGGCAGGGCACUGGAGCCAAUAGGGGCUCCUGACACAAUACUGUGGCUCUUUUGCAAUGUACAUUGGCAAAAUCUGGCUCCGUCUCAGGUACAGGUUGGCCACCCCUCCUGUACAGUGUAUAAUAAUGACAUGACAGUAUGUAACAGGGCAUAGUAGGGCCCCCUUUGCUCCUGCCUCACGCCAAAAAAAAAACCUCAGAGACCUUGUGGCUUAGCAAUCACUGGUGCAGUUUAUUUACAGCAUGUAAUCCCACCACCUUCUCACCAUAUACAGCUUGGGGGUUUCAGCCUUAAGGACUUGUCAGUUUCUAUAACCGAGAGAGGCACUCCUACUCUUCUUCCACUCUCUAGCUUCCCCAUUUCUCUCUGCCUCCUUGGCUUCUUUCCUCUGAGGCUUUUAUGCAGCCGCAGGCUAAUUAGGCUGGCAGCUGUUCCCCUUUGCCAAUUAGGCACAGGUUUCUCUAACGAGCUCUAAUCUACCUUGCAUAAUUGGAGCUGGCAUGACAGAGGGCAGGCUCAGCAGUUUGUGCCCAGCACCCUGUCACACAGAAAUAGGAUAAAAUGAGUGUGGGUAAGAAGCGGUCUUUCUUCUGAAUCACCAAAAAAAAAAAAAAGUUAGAAAGCUUUUAAACCUGGUUCUCUCAGCCAGGUUUUCACGAUCUUGUCUUUUAUAAAUUGUUCACCCAAAGCAUGAUUGUCACUAUGCACUGUGUUUUCCAUAAGCAAAAUGUAGUGAAAAUUAGAACAAGGUAGUAACAUUCUACACCUGCCAUUUGAGUCCAGUAUAAUAAAGAUUUUGAACAAAAAUCAUGUUUCAUAUGGGGUAUGUUUAUAAAGCAAUUCAUGCCAAUAAGUGAUAAAUUAUAAGGAAUUAGGAGUUUGUUGACUCUCAUACCUCUGGAAGUAUCAGUAUAGUUAAAUAUAAAAAUAUUUUCUAAUUGUCUGAAUCAUAUAUGUAAUCAUUUUGUAAGUGAUUAGACCCGAUUAACUUUUGUAUUAAAUACUUCAUAAACUGUUCUGGGGUGGUGUUCUGAUUCCUCCAACCCUGCGUUUUAUUUUGGAAUAAAUGUUUUUUACAUGAGAAUUUUUAAAUAUGGCAGCAGAAAAGAUGAGAGUCAUUGUUUAGUUUUAAUGAAGUAUGUGCCACAGUUGAGACAUUACAACAGCAUUAUCUAGG